GAAAAUGAAAUGAAUCAUAUUAUUACUCUUAAAUUUUCAAAUGUUGUCAAUUUUGACAAAAGUUUGAAAGAGACUAUUAAAAUAUAUUGUGGCUGUAUGAAUGAAAGUCCUUUGCCUACCCUGAAAAGGAUGAAAAGAAUUAAAAAUAAAAAAGUGGCAAAAGUUUGACAGUCAAAUCGUUAGUCAAUUGUUGUUCGGUUUUUUUUCUGUCUCAUAUGUUAUUAUAGAAAAAUGUAGAAACCAGUGAAAUUCAAUAAAAAUAAAUAAUAACGCGGAGUGUACAGUUUAAUUCAUUUUCUUAAUUUUUUGUGCAGUACAUAUUACAUUUGUGAUUAUCUUUGUUUUAAUUAUCACGAUUCAGGGAAGGGUUUUCCAAUAUUGAAAUUAUUUACAAAGGUGUUAGUUUUUUUGUAAAAAUGGAAGGGAGCAAUGAUACAUUAUCGAUUUUAGCUCCAUCAGUUGGAGGUUCGUCGGCAGUUCUGCUGACUCCUGGACGGACCCGAAACAUAGCACAGGACAUGGAAGCCCUCCGAUUAUCGAGACAAGACAAUCCGUAUUUACAACAAGUUAUGGCUAGCCGGGAGAGUUUGAUAGAAAGCCAAGCAAAUGAUUGUGAGUCAGAUGACACUAUAUUGAUGUCGCAAGAAUUUGGCAGCACAGCAUUAGAUUUCGUAGAAGAAGAUCCGUUAACUCUUAAAGAGGUCCAUGAGCAUAUGAUUAGAUCUCCACCUCCAAUCAGCUGCUGGCCACAUGAUACGGUAUCGUACCGCGCUUCGAGCGCUUUCGACUUCGGUGCGGACAGCCCCGUGUCGUAUAGCGCUUUUUCGGUCAAUUCCCAGGAAAAGGUUACUAACAUUACGCUAUAUUUAUGUGUCGUACUAUGUAUAUAUGUGUUGUAUGUAUCUGUUGCUUAUAUCACUCUUUUCUCUAUGGACGAAAAGCACGAAAUGUUUUUACGUAAACCAGUUGGUUACCGAGACAUCAAUGCUUUUAAAAUUCGUUGACUUAAUAUUUAUGUGAUAUAUAAUUAAAUGUGCCAAGUAAAAUUAAAAGUGCAAUUUUAAAUAUAUGUACAAUAUAAAAAUUUGUUUUUGUUUUGUAUAAUGGUUUUUAAGUCUUUUAAUGUCUAUUACUGUACAAUUUUUAUAAUGCUUUAUGGAAUUAAGAAAAUUUAAAAACGGGACUAGGUAAUGAUUAAAUACUCACCAAUUUCAACGCAAUUUUUUUUGUAUUUCUUAAACUAUUAAUUUUGAAAUAUCUGUCAGUAGCAUAUUAACGGUUAAUAUCUUUCUUCUACGUUGCUUUUUAUAAAAUC